AUGCUUGACAAGGCGCUGGAGAAGACUGUGCCGCUCCAUGACGCCCAGUUUGGGUUUAGGUCAGGUCUAUCAACAGAGGCUGCAGUUCUGUGCCUUAAGCAUACUGUCCGAUAUUACACAGAUCGUAGAACACCAGUUUACGCAUGUUUCUUGGACUUAUCCAAGGCAUUCGACCUGGUGUCCUACGAUCUCCUAUGGAAAAAGCUAAGCCAAGCUGCGGUACCUGGAGAGCUGGUUGAGCUGUUUAAAUUUUGCCUGUGGAUCAACUACACGAAUAAAGCUUAUAGUGCUCUGCGCGUCCUCUACAAUAACGCAUUUAGGAUGCUGAUGGGGCUGCCGCGGUACUGCAGUGCCUCGGGGAUGUUCGCGGAGGCCCACACGGAUGAUUUCCGUGCUAUUUAG